AUGGUGUUUAUUGUUAACGUGGUUAAAAGAUUAUAUAAUGGUGCAAUUAAUAAAAGAAAUUUAAUUACACUGCCGUUAAAUUUUCUAAUUAAUUUUUCGUUAAUUUUUCUAUGGCUACAACUGUUUGGCCAUGCUGGUAUUGUUCCAAAUGAUAUAAGACCAAAAAUUAACUCUCAUAUUGCAUUCUUUGCUGAUUUGUAUUUAUUUGGUGAUUAUUGGAAUGAAAUUAAGAACCAAGGUUUAUCGAAUCAUCAUAUCAUAACUACUUUUGCGACUUCAUUUGCAUUCCUAGUUAUCGGAACUAUUGUCGUUCCUCUAUCGAUUUGGUAUUACUUAUAUUAUGUCAAAAGAUUAAAGUAUAAUUUUUUCAAUAAAUUCGAUUAUCUAUUACAUUAUAAUGUAAACACACAAACAUUUAGUCCAAAACAUUUCCGGAGUCUAUUUUUGCCAUUUUUCUUACCAUUAUUCACAUUCAUUAUUUUAAAUAUUGAUCAUUAUUUUGCCAGCCAAAACCAAGAGAAUUUUACAAAAGCAAAAGAUUUAUUAGCUUGGACUUUUUAUGUCAUUCUGCAUGUUACUGCACCAAUCCUGACCGCCGUUUACCUAUACGUUUUCCAUCCAGCAGGUGUUUUAAAGUGUUUUGCAUUAACUUUAGGUAUUCAAAAUAUCUGCGGUGUAUUCACGCAUAUGUUAUUGCCAAUGGCACCACCUUGGUUCACUCACAUGUACGGCAUUUAUGACACUGAACAUGUUAACUACACUCAAGAAGGUUUUGCCGCGGGCUUAACAAGAUUCGAUGCCCACUUAGGGUCUCACAUGAAUACAAACGGUUUCCAUUUAUCACCAAUCGUGUUUGGUGCUGUGCCAUCAAUUCAUUCGGCAAUUGGUUUCCAAUGUUUCCUAUUUUUAGUCGCUACUUCAACUAAAUUAAAAAAUAGAUUUGUUAAAAACACUAUGCACAAUAGAUUAUCGCAAUCUUCUGACGAUAGUGCAAGCGAUGUAAACAUUGAAUAUUUCGACCUUAACAGCGAUAAAAGCUUUAAAUUAUCAAAUGAACAAUCAUUCGACCAAUUGGAAAUUAACGAUUAUAAUGAACAACGCCUAUCACAACCUCAAAACGAAGCAGAAGAAUAUGUAGCUGGAAGCAUGCAUUCAUAUUCUUCUGAUGCAUUAUCAACAAUUUCAGGCAUGUCAGAAAACGCUGAAAACACUGUUUCUUUGAACACUAACAAAAAAUCACCAUUUGUUGAAUACUAUAUUCAGGAUAUCGGUGUCUCAAGUAGAUUCUAUUUUAGAAUCUUAAAUAUAAUUUCAUUACCAAGAGUAUUAGGAUUUCUAUUUAUCACAAUUCAAUGGUGGGCAACAAUUUAUUUGGAUCACCAUUAUAGAUUCGACUUGUUUAUCGGAAUGUUGUACGCUUUAUUUGCUAACAUAUUUAUCAAUCAACUUCUCCUGCAACCCAAAAUAAUGGAGAAAUUUAUAGAUAUUAGAUUGGGUAAGAAGGCAGAUGACGAUAACGAAGGUAGGACAAUGGGUAUGAGAGUAUUUAAAGGAACAAAAUACGAAUGGUUUUUCGAUCCACUAGCAUAG